GCGGUAUUAAAAAUUACAAGAGAAGGAUGUACAAAAAGAAUUAUUAUUACGCGGCUGACAGUAUUUAGUGUUCCUCAGAUCGUAUUGUUUUGAGAUUUGGUGGUACAGGCUAGGCGUAAGCUUUUUCUCGGCAAUCAUUGAUCCUUCAAGGAGUAUUAUAAAAUUCAGCUGCAAAUUAAGCCAAUGUGACCGCGAAAACCUCAAGAGGGCAGAUGCUUUAAAGGAUAAACUGAAGCUAGUAAGGGGGGACGAUGGUGUUCUACUUCCAUCCGUGUGGCUUUGAUGCUGUUAAAAAGGAUUAUCUCAUCUACAUGGGGAAAGAUAAAUUUGAGAAUGAAGACCUCAUCCGCUACAGCAUACCCUUGGAUGUUUGGUUUCACGUGGACGACCUUUCAUCUGCGCAUGUGUACCUACGCCUGCCCCCUGGCAAAUCCUUUGAGGACAUUCCUUCAGAUACGCUGGAGGACUGCUGUCAGCUUGUGAAGGCCAAUUCAAUCCAAGGCAACAAGCUGGACAAUGUAGGCAUCGUCUGGACACCUGUCAGCAAUUUAAAGAAGACUGCCAGCAUGGAAGUUGGCCAGGUGGGCUUCAAGGACAUAAAACUUAUAAAGAAGACAAAGGUGGAGUCUCGGGUCAAUGCCAUCGUGAACAGGCUCAAUGCUACAAAGCGGGAGGAGUACCCGGACUUGGCUGCCGAGCGAGAGGCAUAUGAGAAAGAGGUGCGGCUGCAGAGGAAGGGAGAGAUUCAGGCUCAGAAGCGCAGCGAAAAGGCAGCAAAAGAAGCUGCUGUGCGAGAAGCGGAGAUGCGAUCGUACAAGCAUGUCAUGAAGGAAGAGAACAUGAUGACCAGUAAAGAAGUCAGCCAGAAGUAUUCUUCAUUCCAAGAUUAUGAGGAGGACUUCAUGUGACCUCUUGACAUCAGCACAAUAUUGUUUUCUUUUACUUCAACUGAGAAUCAGGAAAUGUCUGCAUAACUACUGGAAUCACUGAUAGGUGGCAAAAGCCCCAUGCCUCUUGUAGCAUACGUGUGAGCAUUGCCAAUGGAUGUGCCUUAAAUGAACGCCAUCUUCUGCAUGGUCUGACAAUACUUCGUGGGUAGGAAACCCAGUAAAGGUUGUUCAAAGUAAUUAGGCUGAGCCAGACAGCGAGCUGCAGACUUUAAGAAUGGUUUCAUUCUCAGCAUGAUCACCAAAACGCUCCUCUGCAUAAGCAUAGGCAACACCACCAUCACCUUUGUUGACUACCAGGAGCCCUCCCAUUGUGAGGCCAUCCCCCUUCAGGUUGCUGUCCUCGAUUUUAUGGACCUCCUUGGCAGCCUUAGCGUGCUUCCAGAUGACGCUGAAUGGGUUGAGGAACCAUAGCAAGCUUCCUUUCCUCAGUUUCCCAUUGCCAAGGGCCUUGUAGAGCGUUUUUUCUGUAUCCAGGUACAGCUCUCCAGGCCAAUAUUCUGGCCAGAAGGCCUUUAUCUCGGCAGGGAGUCCCUCGUGCACCACACAGACAGUCCUGACACCAAGCUUGUCCAGGUCAGGCUUGAGGGCCCAGAGCGACUUGGCUUCUGCCCUGCACAAGAUGCAGCCCGGCCUGCGAAGGACAAGGAUAAGAGCAGGCUGAUCCUUCCACAAAUCCUCUGACUGAAGCGUCUCUGGUGAUGCCUCUCCCCCGAAUUUCUUAAGGAUACCUCCGGUGACAAGAUCUAGGGGUGGAGGAGUGAUGCUUGCCAUAAGGUUAAAGGGCAACAGAUGUUGCAAGACAGGCAAUAUUGUAGUCUAUUACAGUAUAUUCUGACUUUUCAUCGUCCUGUGUCCU